AGGUUGUUUGGGCACACAGAAGGAAACUCGUCACGACGUAAGCCAUGGGCGCUCUAUGGAUUGCCCUUGCCAGCGCUGUAUCCACAAUCAUAGUCACCACACAAGUGAUGAGCUCAGAAUUCAGUUGCGGUCCAUUCUGUCCUGAUCUGAAUGCCACAAUGACCUCCUGCGUCACGAUCUGUCCUGACAAAGAACAAGAUGAAGCUCCUUUCAAUCUUUUCAUGAUGGCUCAGAGGCCGAUGGGGAGAUUCAGAAACGGGACGCCGUGCUGGCGUGACGAUGGCAGUGGUGAAAAGGGAGUCUGUUGUGACGGAGAGUGGGUGUUAAAAAUGGUACAACAGACACCUGCAAGAGCAAGAUGA